UGUGCUUCCUUUCUGGGAUUAGAAGGCCAAAUGUCACGUUUUCGGUUCCGCACAGAUAUACUAUAUAAGAUAGGGUGCCAGUGAGAGAAGUUUAUAGAGAGAGAGAGAGAGUUUUAGAGAGAGAAAACAAUGGCGACUCUUACAUUUCCUCAAUCAGUUUCUGCAGCCGAGGAUUGCGAGCAACUCAGGAAAGCCUUCACAGGAUGGGGAACAAAUGAGGCUUUGAUUAUUCAAAUUUUGGCUCAUAGGAGUGCAGCUCAGCGCAAACAGAUUCGCGAUUGUUAUGCUUCAACCUAUGGAGAAGAUCUCUUGAAAGAUCUGGACAAAGAACUCUCUAGUGACUUUGAGCGGAUAGUUAUGCUAUGGACAUUGGAUCCAGCUGAGCGCGAUGCAUACCUGGCUAAUGAAGCUACAAAGAAGUUUACUGCGAGCAACUCAGUUCUAAUGGAAAUUGCUUGUGCUAGGUCUUCGCAUCAUCUAUUCUCGGUGAGGCAGGCUUAUCACGCUCGUUAUAAGAAAUCCCUAGAAGAAGAUGUUGCAUAUCAUACUACUGGGGACUUCCGCAAGCUGUUGGUUCCUCUUGUGUGUGCAUUCCGCUAUGAAGGAGAUGAGGUGAACAUGACAUUGGCAAAAUCGGAGGCUAAGAUACUUCAUGAGAAGAUCUCUGAUAAGGCUUACAACCACGAGGAGCUUAUCAGGAUUCUGAGUACAAGGAGUAAAGCACAGCUUAAUGCAACCCUCAACCACUACAACAAUACGUUCGGUAAUGCCAUCAACAAGAAUCUGAAGACUGACCCCAAGGAUGAGUACCUCACUCUACUCCGAGCAACAAUAAAGUGCCUGACCUGCCCAGAGAAAUACUUUGAGAAGCUUCUCCGAUUGGCCAUCAACAAGACUGGUACAGAUGAGUGGGCUCUCACUCGAGUCGUCGCAACUCGUGCUGAGGUCGACAUGCAUCGUAUCAAAGACCAUUACCAGAAGAGGAACACUGUCCCUCUGGAUCGUGCAAUUGCUGGAGACACCUCUGGAGACUACGAGAAAAUGCUUCUAGCCUUGAUCGGACAUGGGGAUGCUUGAGCAUACUUCCUUGCUCUGCUUUGAGAGUUACUUGCAGUGUGAGCACUGUUUAAUGUCUAUUAUUAUCUAUUCUGCUUUACCGUAUUGUCGCAUGUAAUGCUGCUGUGUUUUGUGGACUCUGUUUUUAUGUACUUUUCCCGGUUUGAUGAAACUUUAAACUAGAGAAA